AUGCCUCCCAAACGUAUCGUCUUGCAUGACGAUAUGGAAGACAUCGAUUCUUCCAAUCCUUCCCCUUCCCACACUCCGACCCAGCAUGACUUCUCUCACAAUCCCUCCCUCCACCAAUCCCAGCACAACCCUGUUAAUGAUUUUCACGUUAACGGUUUCUUUCAAUUUAUGUCGGACCUCCUCUCCCAUCCUGAACCUGAUGGAAGUGUAAUCAUCACGGCCGAUAAGGUUAAAGUUGCUGCUAGUCUUCUCGGUGUAGAAAAACUAGUUUCAACUCAAACCUUGGCUAAUCUUGAGAAGAUCACAUCCCGUCUCGAUUCAAUCGAGAAAUCUAUUCAUUCUCCCCCCACCGCAAAGAGAGCUACUGUCGCUGCUUGGACUAGCGCUGUCAAAGACAAGCCUAACCAUGUCCUUGUUCAACCAGUUAUUCGCCCUCCCCCACCAAAGAAAAUAAUCAAUGAAUUCAAACCUGCUUCAUUUGUUAUUCGUAAAACUGUCCCCGACUCCCGCCCUUUUUUUCAAAAAUCUCCAUGUGAAAUCACAAGAAUAACUAAUUCUGUCCUGUUGGACAUUGAAGCUAAAACCGAUGAUAACACACCAAUCAUCAUUAAGGGGGUCGCGACCCUUCCUUCAGGAGACUUUAAAUUUUUCACUCAAUCCCGUUUUGCAGCCAAGUGGCUCCUCGAACACAAGCACAAGUGGACCCACUUGUGUGAUCCUACUCUUGUUACUCCCCCCUCCUCCUUCCCGGUUAUUGUACACUCAAUGCCAAUUUCAUUCACCCCUUCCAAUCAAUCCUCAAUUUUGGAACUAUGCAAAGAAAAUAAUAUCGAUUCUAAAGAUAUUCUCUCUAUCCAAUGGCUCGGCGACCCGCGCAAUAAAAAACAAUCUCACGGAUUGUUGAUUAUUAAUCUUUUUGAUAAGAACCUCCCUCAAAAAGUUGAGAAAGGUGGUCUGUUCUAUAAGUUCCUAUUCCUGAGAGGUGCCCAUUAUAGGAAGUCCCCCUUACAAUGUUUCCAAUGUCUUGAAGUCGGCCACACCGCUCAACUCUGCAAAAAUCCUCCAAUGUGUAAACUUUGUGGUGAUAACCACAAUUCUAGAGAUUGUACCUCCGACGACAACAAAGAUUCAUGUGUCAAAUGCAUCCAGUUCGAAAAAAGUCUUGAUCUUCCCACUGAAGUGGAUGAAGAUAACAUUUGA